AAAUUUCUUAUUAUCCACCGGAGCAAAAAAGUUCAAUUUUAUGAUAACAUUAUUAAGGAAUUGGCUUUAUUUCCAUUUGAAAUGAUGCCAGUCUUUGAGCACUUUUUUCACAUAAGCCGCAUACCUUCUAUAUAUUUCACUAAAGAAUUGCUCAAUAAAUCAAAAUCAAAUAAGAUUCCUUUACACGUUGAUGGAAAGAAUACGUAUUAUUUAGUAGAUCCUGGUGGCGAUCUUCAUGAUACUCGAACGCUUUUUUCAAAAUUACUCAAAAAAUAUGAUUGUUGGAAGGGUUGUGUUGGAGAAGCGCCUCAAUCGAAAGAUCUGUUGCAGUAUAUGGGGCAUGGCAGUGGCAUUCGGUAUUUUGGUACAGAUGACCUACGUAAAUGUUGCUGCCGUGCUGUUUCAGUUUUAAUGGGUUGUUCAAGAAUCCUGCAUGAAGGUCGAGGGUUUGAUGGACGAGGCCAUGUUUACGACUAUCAUAUUGCGAAAUGUCCUUGUCUUAUUGGAUGCUUGUGGACGGUAAGUGAUGGUGAAAUCGAUCGUUUUAUCAGUUGUUUCUUGGAAUAUUCUUUUUUUAGUUCAAAUUAUCGUUUUCUACUCGAUGGCAUCGGGAUAGCUCGUUACGCUUGCAAGUUACGUUAUCUGACAGGUGCUUCAGUUGUUUCUUAUGGACUUCCAAUAACUGUAGACAUUACUGGUAUACGUGCGAGUAAUGGUGAAGUAGAACAAUAA